GAGACUCUGCCUUGGGCCCUCUGGUGUAAUAAACUGUACUCCACUAUCUACAUUGUCCUGCUAAGUGAGUUUGUUUCCCAGAAUGCGUGGCUACAACAUUUGGUGCAUUAGCGGGAAACUCCUCACUUUGAGAAGACAAGUCCCAUUUGGGACUAUUCCGAGGCCUUGCAACUUGAGUCUUCUAGAGUGUGGAAGGCGCAUCGCCCCUCUGGAAGGAUUCUGCUUCUCAAUGCCCAGACCUUUCAAGUUAGCGGGUAGUGGAGGACAGAACUGAGCACCCAGGUGAGGAGGAACCCACAUGGUAGGGUGGAAGAGGGGCCCUGAUCAACCCCCUGAGAGAGAUUAGAAGGGGCACAGGCCCACAGGAGCCUGGAAUAGGCAGGUGGCAACGAUUGCUUGGUACAUAGGUUGACGAGCAUGUUAGGGCCUAGGAAGGAAAUUUGUGAAGGUCAUUUAGGAAGUGGUGUUCAUGCCAUCUUGGGGAAAAUUAUUACCAAAUAAUUGCCAGGCGAUUUUUAGGAGAAGAAACUUGGCCUUUGUGUGCUUGUGUUCUGCCCUCCCCAAGGAGGUGUCCCAUCUGCUAUGAAAUUCUUGACCCCCUCGGAAUUGUCAGGCUAGAGGGAGGGAGAUACAUAAGUGAGUACUAAUUAGCUUUUCUGGAGACGGCCUGGGACGUGGGAUAUUUAACCCAUCUGUAUUUUCAUCCGCACUUGAUCAAGCCCACCAAAACAGAAUGGAUUUUAAAAGUUAAGGGAGAAACAGUCUUGGACCACAUGGUGUUCUGGUUCAGCUGUGCUGAUCGGCAGGUGAAGACACGCUGAUUCCCCUUCUCACUCUGGGAUCUGGCAGGAUUUGGACGGGGAUGACCUGACCCCUCCCCCAUACUGGAUAAUGACGCGCCUGCCUCCCAGUGCUCCACCAGGACCAGAGGCUGCCUUGAUGCCAGAUCCAGGGCCAGGUGAAGUUCCGGCAGUAGCUGCUACUCUUUCGCCAGCUCUCCCGGAGUUCGUAGAGCCACCGUUUUGGCAGACUCCAAUCCCAGCAAUGGAGACCUCCGGUCAACGCCCCCAGAAUUCCACCUCAGCUGGACCUCCUAGAUUGUAUCCACCUCUCCCGGUGGGCCCUCACGUGAUUCCAAGGAAAUAUGCCAGCAGACCUGACUUGAGAGACCAGCCAAGCCCAGACCCAGAUUUUGUCCUGUACACCAAUGGCACCAGCCUGGUGAAACGAGGACAACAACUGUCGGGGUACGUAGUGGUCAUGGAAGAAUUCAUCGUUGGGGCCAGCUUCCUGCCAUCACACUGGUCCACCCAACAGGCUGAACUACAUGCUCUAAUCCAGGCCCUCCAGCUGUCAAAAGGACAAAAUCUCAAAACUACACUGCUCACAGGCCAAUGCUGCCUCUCAGCACAGACAGAAACCACCAGGGAUUCAGGUAAAAGACACACUGCCCUUUGAACACUUGGAAGUGGACUUCAUUGAAAUGAAACCUCACCGACACUACCAUUACCUGCUGGUCAUAGUAUGAACGUUCUUGGGAUGGGUAGAAGCUUUUCCUACCCGGACUGAAAGAGCAUCCAAAAAAGUAGCCUGGUGCCUGCUUAGGGAGAUAGUCCCCAGAUUUGGAUUUCCUACCAGCGUGGGAUUGGACAAUGGCCCGGCUGUUGUAGCUGAUUUAAUGUAACAAAUAAGCAAAACUUUAAACAUCAAGUGGAAAUUACAUACAACUUACAGGCCCCAGAGUUCUGGGAUGGUGGAAGGAACCAACCGGACAUGUAAAGAGACUUUCCAAGUGGAUCUUAGAGACUGACUGCUCCUGGGUGGACUUGCUUCCGAUGGCGCUGCUCAGGCUCAGGAUGACUCCACGGUCCCACGGCUCUUCCCCAUACAUAAUUGUGUAUGGGAGGCCCCCUCCCAUCAUAAAACAGGCGUCAACAAAUUUGCCUCAGGUUGCAGGUACCACUCCCUGGACCCACCAUGUAAGGAUGAAGAGGGCAUACCACGCAGACCUGGAGGACGCCGAGGGGACCACACAAAGGACCCCGCUGAUCCCCGGGAAACCAAGAUCAUCUUAAAGAAGGAAAAGAGAUGGAGCUCUACAAUCAACUGCUGCUAGAAAGACUUGCUGGUAUAAUCCUGAGACUAACCAUGGUUUCAGUACAAAGAGGGACCUGUGCUAUAAUUAAAGUCGAAU